AUGGCAAAAGUCCUUUUAUCUUGAAUAUUAUGAAGUGCAGGAUUUUUCUACCUUGUCUAUUUCAUAUACUACAAGAUGCCUUAUAAGAAAGUCGGUCUUUCUGGCUCAGUAUCUAUUAUUUAGGAUAUAAUUGCAUCUAUUCACGACGAAAAUGAGCCUGAAGAUUAUAUUAGUCCAAAUUGCACUAAUAGCUUUUGUUCAUGGAAUUAUUUCUAUUCAAAUCAAAACUUCUCAUUAACACACACAAACUUUUCCCGCCUUGUAGAGUCAGCUGACGAACAUUUAAAAACCCUCCUUGAGCCAAAUGACCCACCUUUAAGAUGCUUGCCAGAAAAAUUUGGUUAUACAAGAACUACUGCAAAAGAGCUGUUUCCAGAUGUGGAUUGGCCGACAUGUGCAAAGAAAAUAGGUGAAGAGAAGCAAAUUAUUUAUAUUGACCCUAUUGAAAAUACUCUCUCAAUGAAUUGCUCAAAUGGAAAAGGCUGGUAUUCAUUCAAUUAAAUUAAAAGCUUAAACUGAUCAUAAGCGGGUUAGCCCACUAACCUUUCCUAUUCUCAGCUCCAAGAAAAGUAGUCUCAAUAGGUAUCGGAGUUCAAAUGAUUUAGAUUAGAUUAAGUUUGAGCGAGGCAUAAAGACUCAAUUAUUUCAGAGAGUUCCCCAGUCGAGAAUUAGUUUCAAGUUUGUGAUCAUUAAUUCCUAACCCUACUUAUUAUUCUUCAACCCCAACCACUAAAAAUGAUGGCUUAAGGCUAUCUAAUAAAGCAUUUAUCGGUCGGAGUUUUGGUCUUUGCUGGGGCGCUCAAGUUCCUCUGUAGCUGGGAUAGGACAUCAGAUGAUUGGAUGGUCCUUAUUCUUCCCCCGCACUCCUAACUAAAGUCCUUGCGCAGCCCUUCACCUGGAGAAGUGUGGCAAGGCAUCACAUCUUCUGGUGGGAGUUGUUGGGAUAAAAACGUGUUCGCUAGCAUUGAAACACACCAAAAAACACUCCAAAUAUCUAAGCUCAAUGGAUCUCAUCUUCCAUGGACCUGAUUCAGCCGACAGGACAACGUACCCAUCCAAAAAGCCAUUUAAUUAAGUAUGAGAUCAAAUGAAGAAAGUUGAAGGCUUCCAUUUUGGGUUUCCAACCUAAAUCACCUGUCCAAGUGAUCAACUCCCUAGGGCAGAGCCACAGCCUGGGGUGCACCCCGUUGUUCUUACAAGAAGCCACUAUUUUGGUAGGCAAAACCUACCUAGCUGGCCUGGUAGGAAGUCGAAAACUUUGCGUGAGAAAUAAACUUUCCCUCUUUGACAAUGCAUCCCUAAGCCUGAAGACCUACUUCAAAAAGGGAGCAACCCUGCUUCAGCAUCAUCAGGAAUUGCGUCUUCCGUGACGUCACCAUUUUACUACUAAUGGUAAUCAUUAGGAAUUAAUCCCCAUGAAGAAAUGACUGGGUUCCAGGUCUACCUUGAAGAUCUAAAUGAGUAUAAAGGAGCACCAAUCACACUUAAACAUGGAGAAGAGUGGGCAUUUGGAACUUGCACAGAAAAAAAAAAGACCUUAUUCGAAGGUGCUACUUAUUCAUUAAGACGAAACCAAACUGCAAUUGAGAGAACUCAACAAAAAAUGAAGGAAAUGCAGCACAAAGCAAAAGUUGCACACAACUCAACUGAAACUAAGCCAUUAACUGUUAUUAUUCUAAUCAUAGAUUCUUUAUCAAGAAGGCAUUUCUAUAGAAAAUUGCCUAAAACGAUAGAGUAUCUGAACAGUAUUGACUCUUCGAAGUUCAUAAUUAAAAUAUGGCGUCUUCGUCUGGGUAUGGCCUCCCGGCCAUACAGCCUCGACACAUAUUUUAAUUAUAUCCGGCAAGGUUUUACCAUUUCAGAGAAGGACAGCAAUGCUAGGUAAGCAAUUCUGGUUGUGUGCAGAGCCUAGCCCAAGUCCAAUCUCAGAGGUGGAUUUUUCCUCGUGGGGAAGGAAGGUACGGAGUUGGAAAGGGGAAGCUCAGCAGAGUCCUCAGGACCAAUCGGGCAACUCCCUAGCGUGAAACUGGGCGUUACGUCCCAGGCUACGUAUUUUUCCUUUUUGCCGACAGCGGACCAGAAAAUCAAAUUUUUUGGGUUUUCGGAAAAGCAACCCAUGUCACAAGCAAGUAGCUCAUUCAUGAGCCGUCGAAGCCGGAACACUUGUCCGGAGGCGCACCCUGGUGUAUCGAAGCAGGCUGACCGAGUGGUCUGUGGGCCCGAUGCGGCGAAGGCGAGCGGCAGGUCUGGGAUAACCUACCCCGUAGUGGACGUAAAGCGUUAUAAAUCUUAAUGUAAUGACUCUUCGAAGUUCAGCCUUUUUGACUUCAAAAUCCACAAUGUGAUGGGUGACAACUCGCUCCCCAAUACCUAUCCAGUCUGGACAGGUAAAACUCUGCUUCCUCAAACUUCUGAGGAGAGGCAUGAAAACAUGGUGAAGAAAGCUGAUUUGAUAGGAGCUGAGUCAAUCUGGCACUAUCUUAUAGAAAGAGUAAACUAUAUCUAGGGAUGAAUCACACUGUUUGACAUUGAGUUUUGUAAUAACUACAUGGCAUACAAAACGGGCAGAAGAAUAGACACUGACCAUAUGACAGGGGUGUUCUGGUGUGCCGCUGAACGACUGUCUGGAUACCUGUAAGCUUUAUUUAGGGACAUUACUGAAACUCAGCGUUGCAUCGGAAAUCAGAACUCUCACUUCUAUAGUCUAAACAACACAAUUCAGUUUGUCAACAGCUAUGAAGGCUUAAAUAAGUGGGCUCAUGUCACCACGGAAGCUGGACAUGAGCAUACUGGCUCAGUCAUUUCAUCCCUGGACGAUGAUUUAGUUUGGUUUCUGAAAAAAAUUCUCCAAACCAAAGAUGAGUUGGUCUUAUUUAUGAUGGGAGAUCACGGUAUGAGAUAUGGCGAUUGGUAUAAGCUGCUAGAGGGGUCAAUUGAACACAAAUUGCCAAUGCUUAUCACCCUUGCCUCUAAUUCUUUGUUAGAUGAUAUCCCUAAUAGCUAUGACUCUCUUUAUCACAAUUCUAACAGAUUGAUGUCUAAGCUUGACCUUCACAGGACGCUGAAGCAUCUUGCCCACGUGCCUUAUUACAGAGGCUAUACAAAAGAGUCUCCAGAGUAUUUUGAAUGGGAUGCUGAAACUAAUAAAUCCUUAAGCUUACUUCUUGAUAAAAUACCGAAUGAUAGAAGCUGCCAAGACAUCAACAUCGAACCUUUCUAUUGCUCCUGUUUGGUUUUCACAAAAAUAGAUGAGAGCUUAUACGCAGGCAAAACUUCACUUACUCCCCCCUCCGUGAGUGAAAAAAAAUUUUGUUCACUCACGGAGGAGGGUUAAUUUUUUUUUUUAAAAAAUAUUUAUAUAUAAAUUUUAUAAAAAAUAUUUUUUUUCGAAAUUAAAAAAAACCUAAUUUGCAAAAAUUGGAAAGCAAAUAUUAAUUUAAUUUAUAAUAUUUAUGUUUAAAAAGCAAUUAGUUUAAAUUAACAGAAUUAGCUCUAGAUUUCAUUAUACUAAUUAUCAUUUAGAAUCAAAAUCUUUUUCCAUAAACAAUUUUUGUAUUAAAAAAGAUUUUUAUUCACUCACGGAGGAUGGGUUUUUGGGCAAAAAAUAGCGAUUUUUCUAAUGGUUUUGUUCACUCACGGAGGGGGGAGUUAGAAGUAAAGAAAUGAAUAUUAAGAAGCUUAUAAGAGAAAUAGCUGAAUACUUCAUAUAUUUAAUUAAUGAAGAAACCGUCACUCCAUACAAAUCCCCUGGGUUCCACAUAUGCCAAGAAGUUACAUUAAAAGCGGUUGACUCAGUUGAAUGGCUUAAGCUUGCUCCAAAUAAGCAUUUCUAUAAGUUAGCCAUCACUGUUAAUGAGCAUCCUUUAGCAAGAUUUGAAAGUGUUGCCUUGGUGACUUCUCAAUAUGAAGAAGAAUUAAACACACGAGAAGGGUACCACUUAACGAAAACAUAUCUCAAUGGAAAGAAAAAUAUAAAGCCAAUCUAUAUCAGAAGACAAGAUAUGUAUGGAGGAUUGUGCGAGCAAAUGUGCAACCUUAGGCAGAUUCUUGCACCUUUAUGUAUAUGCCAUAAGUUGGGAACAAUUGAAUGGAAUGAGCCAAACAUGGUUGAGGAAAUAAAAAGCAGAUAUAUGUUUUAUAUGGGGGAUAUUGGAGAAAGCUGCACAGAAAAGUGCAAUAAAGAAGGACUGAUAUGUGAUACAAUUGGAAUAAAUGUGAUGAACAGCUGCAAUGAUAUGAAAAAGGUUUCCAAUUGCAAAACUUGUGUGGAUGGGGAUGAGAAAAUGUUUCCAGGAGAAAAUAAUGGGGUCUGCUAUUUGCAAAAAUCAACUAACUACCCCUCUGUGAGUGAACAAAAUUUUUUUAAUAGAAAAAUUUUUAUGGAAAAAGAAUUUGAUAUAUAAGUGAUAAUUAGUAUAAUGAAAUUUCGAGCUAAUUCUGUUUAAUUUUAAACAAAUUGCGUUUUAAAACAUAAAUUUUACAAUUGAAUUAAUAUUUGCCUUCCAAUUUUUAUAGAAGUGGGAUUUUUUUUUAAUUUCGAAAAAAAAAAUUCUUUAAAAUUUAUAUUAACUCUCUCCAUGAGCGAACAAAAUUUUUUUGUUCGCUCACGGAGGAAGGAGUAAGUAUUUCUGUGACGAAAAAUUGGAAAAUAUUAGGCGAGGAUGUGCUUGCAAGGGUAAUUCGUAA